AUGGUAAAACCACUCAGUUUCAAGGGCGACAAGAAAGUCAAGAAAAGAAAACGCACAACGGAAACGAACGACGAUGACGCGCCGCAAGACUCCGACCGCCGUCAAGGUCAAGAAAAGCAACUAAAAGCAACCAGCUCCAAGAGCGCCGCCGCCGCCCCCAACGAUGAAGCAGAAGGCGAAGAACACGACGACAGCUGGGUAUCCGCCGACUCUCCCUCCGACGUCUCGGGUCCCAUAAUGUUCGUCCUGCCCACCGAGCCUCCUAGCGCUUUAGCCUGCGAUGCCACGGGCAAGGUUUUCACUUUGCCCUUCGACAAUAUUGUGGACGGCAACCCGGCGACGGCGGAACCGCAUGAUGUGCGGCAGGUGUGGGUGGCGAAUAAGAUUGUUGGGACGGAGAAUUAUAGGUUCAAGGGGCAUCAUGGGAAGUACCUAUCGUGCGACAAAAUUGGCAUAUUCUCCGCACUCUCCGACGCCAUCACCCCGCUCGAAUCCUUCUCCAUCCUCCCGACCUUCGACACACCAGGAACCUUCCAGAUCCAAACUCUUCGCGAGACCUUUUUGACAGUACGUGCAUCAAAGUCAUCAAAAUCGAACCCCGCGCCCGAGGUACGCGGUGACGCGACGGAUAUCUCGUUCGAUACGACGCUGCGGAUCCGGAUGCAGGCACGGUUCAAGCCGCGCAUUAAGGCGUCCAAGGAGGAGAAGGCGCGGGAGAAGAUCAGUCGGCGCGAGCUUGAGGAGGCGGUGGGGAGGAGACUGGAGGAGGAUGAGGUGAAGAGGUUGAAGAGGGCGAGGAGGGAGGGCGAUUAUCAUGAGGUGAUGCUGGAUUUGAAAGUUAAGGGGAAGCAUGAUAAAUAUGGCUAA